GAGUCGGCUCCCCCUACGGGCAGAGAGGGGCAGGGCGAUAUUUCCUGGAAAAUGGGCGAGUGAGAGCCGGGGGGGGGGGGGGCGACAAGCAUCUCUCUCCUCCUUCACUUCGCUACUCCAUACGCAGCAGCGACAGCAGGUUGCAGCCAGGAGCCAACGCCUCGCCUGCGCGGAGGACGAAGGGAGAAUCGCAUGCAGCAACGACGGCAGCGGCUCUUCUCCGGCCGCUCAAAACUCCGUGCCUGUGCCGUGGCAAGCGCUCUUCCGCGCAGCGUCCGUCUUCUCGCGGGCGAGCGCCGCUUGCCUCUCUCAGCCACCCGCUUCUCUCCCUUGUGCCGUGCCAGUCAGCCCGGGGCGGCUGCAUCUCUCGUGAAGUCUGGGAGCCCCUACUCCCCCACUGCUCUUCCCUAUGGGGAUCCGAGAGUUUCCCAACGGCACGGCGAGGGGCAAGACCAUUGCUAUUGGUAUGAGGAGGUCUCCAGAUGUCAGUCCCCGGAGGCUGUCAGACAUCAGCCCUCAGCUCCGCCAGCUCAAAUACCUAGUGGUGGAUGAGGCCAUUAAAGAGGAUUUGAAAUGGUCCAGAUCCGUGGAAGACCUCACCAGUACCGCUGUGGGACUUACAUCCAUUGAGGAAAGGAUUCUACGGAUUACUGGGUAUUAUGGCUAUCAGCCCUGGGCUGCCAGCUACAAAAGGGAUGAACGUUCCCGCGAUUCCCCAGCGCCAGCAGAAGCCCAGGCACAAGCUGGGAUGGAAACUGGUGGAAGAGGAAGCAGAUGUUGCUGGACAUGCUCUGUAACCCAACUUAAGAAGUUUUUCUGGGGAGUAGUGGUGGUACUUGGCGUAUGUUCCUCCUGGGCAGGUUCAACUCAGCUAGCAAAACAGACCUUUAAGAAAUUUGAUGCACCUUUCACUUUGACAUGGUUUGCAACAAACUGGAACUUUUUAUUCUUUCCUUUGUAUUACAUUGGACAUGUUUUUAAGUCAACUGAAAAACAGUCUCCACAGCAAAGAUACAGGGAGUGCUGUCGAUUUUUUGGAGACAACGGCUUGACUUUGAAGGCAUUUUUUACCAAGGCAGCACCCUUCAGUGUACUUUGGAUACUAACAAACUACCUGUACUUACAUGCAAUAAAAAAAAUAGACACUACGGAUGUUUCCGUCUUGUUCUGCUGCAACAAAGCUUUUGUGUUUUUGCUUUCAUGGAUUGUUCUCAGGGACAGAUUCAUGGGAGUGAGGAUUGUGGCUGCUAUACUUGCUAUUGCAGGGAUAGUCAUGAUGACUUAUGCUGAUGGAUUCCACAGUUAUUCAGUUAUUGGAAUAGCACUUGUUGUGGGAUCUGCCUCAAUGUCAGCUAUGUACAAGGUUUUGUUUAAGCUUCUCCUGGGCAGUGCUAAAUUUGGAGAAGCAGCCUUAUUUUUGUCAGUGUUAGCUGUCUUCAAUAUCCUUUUUGUUACCUGUAUUCCUGUCAUCCUUUACUUUACCAAAGUUGAAUACUGGAGUUCUUUUGAUGCCAUUCCUUGGGGAAGCAUAUGUGGAUUUUCAGUCUUAUUAUUGACAUUCAAUAUUUUAUUAAAUUUUGGGAUUGCUAUUACAUAUCCUACCCUGAUAUCUCUUGGAAUUGUACUAAGUGUACCUGUAAAUGCUGUUGUUGAUCACUACAGGAGUGACAUUGUCUUCAACAGCGUCCGUGUAAUUGCCAUUGUCAUCAUUGGCUUGGGCUUCCUCCUCUUGCUUUUGCCAGAGGAGUGGGAUGAGUGGUUAAUAAAGCUCCUCACUCGCCUCAAAGUACGAAAGAAGGAAGAGGUGCCAGAAGGAAAUGGAGACAUCGUGUCUGGAUUACAAAAUAAAAGCAGGAGAACACGCCCAUCCAUGUCAUCUUUCACACAUUAAUGCUGUUAUUUUCAUUGAAACUCUUUAUCGUUGUAUGCUAUAAUUCACAGGUCUUUUCUUGCAAAGAAGCACAUGUAUCCAAUACAGUGUACAUAGAUGUACAGUUUUUAUAUACGAGAGGCUGAGGCAUCAAGUUUCAACAUGUCCAAACUGCUUGAACUGUUUCACAUCAGACCUUUCACUUGGGAGAACUUUAAAAAGGCAAAAACAAAACACUUUUUAAAUGAAUGUAAUGUAUAGAUAAAUUAUCUCUGCAUAUAUUAUUUUAAUGAUAAAUCGUCAUGAGAAGCAGGGCAUAUGUUUUGAACAUGAAGUACUGAAUGACACAUCGCACACUGUGAUUUACAGAUAUAUAAAGAAAGAUAUGUAUAUGCUAUGCUAUGUCAUAAGCUUAUUUUUUAACCAGAGCUGUACUCUAAACAUUUUCCAGUAAACCAAAAGAAAAUCUUUCAUAGGGGUAGGAAAGGGGGUGGGAGGGAGGGAGAUUGCUUUGUGAAGAUAAGUACACUUUGUGCCAGCGCAAAAGGAAAGGUAAAUGCUAUGUUUUGCACUAAAGAGGGGGAAAGCAGUCAGGAGUACCAGGGCACCAUCAGUGAGGAAUUCCUCCUGUGAAGGUCCCACUGAAAUGAAUGGUAGCUGCACAAGAGCAUGGAUGCUAUCUUCCUGCAUGGUUCCCAUUCAUUUCAGUAGAAUUUACGCAGGAAGAAUUCUCAGUAGAUUGUGCACCAAAUCUUCUUUAACUGUGCAUGACUGCAAUCCAUGCUUACUCUCAUGCAAGGGAAAAUACAGUGCCUUCUAUAAAAUUUUAGUCCUUUGUCUGUGUAGAAGUAAGUCACACUGCAAGUUACUUGUGUUGGUUCUACCACAUGAAGAAGUGGCUCUGCAGACAUAGUGCUCUUGAAACUCCCAAAGAAAUCAAUGAGUGCCUACUUAAAGCCACUGAUUAAUGGGAGUGCUGAACACUUAGAGGCUACAAGGUCUUGUCUUCAGGUUGGAUUCACUUUCCACUUACAUGGGUCUUGAUUUGAAGACCAUCAUGUUCUGUAUUUGCAUGAGUGAGGGAAGAAUCAAGCCUUGCACAUAAGAACUUUGCUUAAAUCUAACAUUGAAGCUAACAGCCACUUACAAUAUGAACACUGUUGAUAAUACAGAGGAUUAAGAGGUGAAUUGCCACUUGCUUUUAUUCCAUUGCUGUGUUUUUGAUGAGGACAUGUGAGUUAUUUACAUCAAGUCUAACACUUUUUACAAAUUUGUAAGCACCACGCUGUUUACUUCUACAAUUUAGGUUUGCCAUUGAAUUUCUAUCUGUGAUAGACCAUGCGAUAUGUACAAAGAAACAGACAAAGGUUAUAGUUUACUAUUUUUGAAGUUUACAUUGCUGCAUACAAAAUUUAAAAUGUUAUUUUGAAAUGUUGCCAUAACCUAAUGGUACCUUGCUGCCUUCAUGGCAUUUUUGUGUCGAAGGGGGGAGGGGGGUGGCAUUCACUUCUCAACUUUUUAUUGAAUCGGUUUCAGAUUCAGUAUCUGCUUGAUAAAACUAAUUAAUAAAAUGAUUGCUAAAGCAACCUAAA